GGUAGCAUAGAAAAUGGGAGGGUAAAGCCAGGUUCCUUCUUCCACAGAAGAAAAAGAACAUUUGAAUGUAAUGCCGGGUAUAUAGCAGAAAAUGACAACAAGAGAAUUGAGUGUACUUCUUCAGGAUGGUCUCCUGUACCCAGAUGCAUUCAAUUCUCAGCAAAACACCAAUGCCAAGUUCCCAGGAAGCAACUCUGCAACACGGAUCAGCUGUAAUUACAGAGAUGAAGCAAUACAAUGUGGAAGGAUAGAAAAUGGGAAAAUAGUGAACAAAGUUGAAGAAAAAACAACCUUUCAAUGUAAUCAUGGAUAUAAAUCUGAAAAUGGAAUUAAUGAAACUACCUGUACCUCUGAAGGCUGGUCUCCAGUACCUACAUGUACUGUUCAAGUGUGUCCACAUCCAGCUGACAUCGAUUUGGCAGAAAUUGUCAGUGGGGAGAAAGCAGAAUAUCAGGAGGGUGAUGUUGUUCAGUACAGGUGCUACCCAGGAUACACUCUGGCGGGACCUGAAAGGACAACGUGCAGUGGAGAAAAAUGGACACCUCCUCCAAAGUGCUUGGCUCCAUGUAUUAUCACAAGGCAACAACUGGAAACAAAAAAAUUGCUUCUGUCCAAUGGCCGAAGACGUACAGUAUUGAUUCAAAGUGACCAAACAAUGGAAUUUCUUUGUGGUGAACAUUCUGACCUUAAAAUCCCCUACCUCAUCAAGUGUGUAGAUGGGCACAUGGAUUUACCAACUUGUAUAUCUGGAACUGGGGAAAAGUGUGGCCGUCCACCUACUAUUGAGAACGGAGACAUAACUACUUUAUCGCUAAAUGAGUAUGCAUUUGGCUCUUCUGUAGAAUACAGAUGCCAGCAUUAUUAUAUAAUAGAAGGAGAAAGGAAAUCAUACUGUUACAAUGGAAUCUGGACAAAGGAACCAGUUUGUUUAGAGCCAUGUGUUAUCACACAAGAAGAUAUGAGAUCACACAACAUAGAUCUGAAGUGGGCUUCAGCUCAAAAACUCUAUGUGUCACAUGGAGAUUUUGUAGAGUUUAAGUGUAGAUCCAGUUUAUUGCCAAAUUCUUCAAAUAAUUAUAGAGUGCAGUGCAAUGUGGGCCAAAUACCUUAUCCCCAAUGCACUUAGAGAUGGGUGAAUGUAGGAGACUUCACCACAUGUAAAUGGCAAGUACCCUUUAUUAUUAUGCUUAUCAGUGGUCCCUCUGAAACAGAUCCCCAGGGUUUUAUCAUUCAAACAAGAACUACCACCAGAUAGCAGUCGCUCCAGGAAUUGUAUAAUAGCAACAACUAACUCAUGUUAACCAAUGCUAUAGCAACACUUUUGGGUGUGCACCUUUUUAGGAGUAAUGCCUCCAAAAUAAUCAGCCAAGAUGGUAGAAGACAUAAGCAAUCCUCACAGAGAUCAAACAAAAGAAUAUAAAAUUCCAGAAGCCUUUUAGAAUGAAAAUUGGGGUUUGUGCUCUUUCUUGCUUUUUUAUGUUGGCUAAUGGCAGCUUAAAAGGUGGGAUUUGUUCUCCCCCAUCCUUGCAUAUUGCACUAGAAAUUGAGACCUAGUUUAGAAUGAAAGACUAAGAUGACUGGAGAAUGAGCGUAAUUGUGACAUCACAAGAAUAAAGAGUGAAAAUUAAGCAAAUAAGACAGGAUGUGAUUUUUAGUCAGAUAGUUAAAAACACAACACAAAGAAUUACAGUUUAAUUUCAGUUACCAAGAUCUCAUGCCCCUACAAUUAAGUACAUUAGAGUGUACAAUAAACAUGCUCUGAGACCUCGCAGUGGUCCUCCGGCAAAACCAGGGAAGUCCGUAUGCCUGGUAUUUCUAAGGUAGAAAAAAAAGCUAUUCAAAAACUUUGUAAACAAGAAGAGUCCUUUCAGGCCUUCUUGCUACUUUAUAAAGAAACAAAAGGGGGCAUAAGCUAAUUUCUUUUUAAAUUGCAGGUCACCUUUAAAGAACAUGCUUUCUGCCCUCUCAUACAUUCACUGGUAUCUUCUGAACCCUGCUUAGCUUCCAACAGUGAUCUCCCAUAUUCCUCAGAAGGAAUGAUGACCAUUCUGAAAUGGACCCCCAUCCCAAUUUUAUCAAACAUUACCCACUUCUGUUGCUUGAGGCAGAUUCUCACUUCACCAGAAUUAUAUAAAACCCACUCAUACUGCCACUGGCCCAUCCACUUCAGGCUUCAUAUGCUACAUACACCAAACCU